GACGAACCCUCUUUUUGAAAAGCGAACCGACCCCUGGCUGCACCCUGUCCGGGGGCUCGCCGAGGACCGGGGAAUAGUCCUUUGUUUACAUGCAAUCCCGGUCCCGGCGGAAGGAGGCGGCGGUGCUGCGAAAGCACCAGCUGUUUCCCGCCAUUUACAACCAUCUGAUAGAGCGAUCAGCUGGAAACACACAUACAGAACCUGCACUCAGCCAGUCUUUUAUUUAUCGCAGUUAUUAUUUCUGGACAAUUCUUUUCUCCAGGUGCAAGACAUGGAAUAUUUCGUGGUGCCGACUCAAAAGGUACCUUCAUUCCAGGAUUUCAGGAAGAGUGAGAAAGAAGUGAUAGGAGGUCUCUGUAGCUUGGCUAAUAUCCCACUAACCCAGGAGUCUCAGAGAGACCAGGAGAGGAGGAUACGGAGAGAGAUUGCCAACAGCAAUGAGCGGCGCCGAAUGCAAAGCAUCAAUGCUGGGUUCCAGUCCCUGAAAACACUGAUACCACACACAGAUGGCGAGAAACUCAGCAAGGCAGCCAUUUUGCAGCAAACGGCAGAAUAUAUCUUUUCACUCGAGCAAGAGAAAACCCGACUACUUCAACAGAACUCACAGCUGAAGCGUUUUAUUCAGGAGUACAGUGGUUCCUCCCCCAAGCGGAGACGUGCAGAGGAUAAGGAUGAAGGGAUUGGCUCCCCAGAUGUCUGGGAGGAUGAGAAGCUGGAGGACCUGAAACGGGAAAUGAUUGAACUGCGGCAGCAGUUGGACAAGGAGCGUUCGGUCAGGAUGAUGUUGGAGGAACAGGUUCGCUCACUGGACGCUCACAUGUAUCCUGAAAAACUAAAGGCCAUUGCGCAACAAGUACAGCUGCAGCAACGGCACCAGGAGCAGUCCAAGAUCCUUCAACAGGAGGAGCAGCGGGAGCCUGAGUCCCAUCUUAUGACACAGCUCCUGCCGGCGCACGUCUUCCCAGUGUCAACCCACCAUCCCACUGUCAUAGUGCAGACCCCACCCCCACCAGCUUCACACCAAGUCACUGUGGUGACAAUGGGACCAUCCUCUGUCAUCAACAGCCCCUCCACUACAUCAAGACAGAACCUAGACACCAUUGUGCAGGCAAUCCAUCACAUUGAAGGAACGCAAGAGAAGCAGGAAGAGGAGCAGCGACGAGUGGUCAUUGUCCAGCCUACCCGUGUUUGGUCCGGCACUGAAUCAGACAGGGAGGCGAAUGAAGAGACGGAAACUAUGGUGCCAGGCGAGGAGAAGGAGCCUGCAGAGAGAGUUCUCCCAUGACACUACAGCUGCGCCAGGCCGGGAUUGACCCAAACAUCGUUCCCAAUGUUUUUUUUUUCGGAAAAGGAAAGAAAAAGUUGAGGUCUCUUUUUGACCUUCCCAAUACUGUAAACAGUCUCAGCCUGGAAUGAGAGAGGCUAUCAAAAAUCUGGACCACACCAGAAGGGAUCGUAAAAUCCUUUCUUGCGCUCAUGACUACCUUGGAAUUUGUAGCUGAAGUGUUGCUGAAGGACAUUUUAGCAUUCUUUUAUUUUUUUACGUUUUGGGGAGGGCCAGGAGUUUCAAGCACUUACCAAUUUGUUCAGUCCAGUGGGGCACUUCCUCCACCACCCC